AUGCGGAAGGUGAUGCCGGGUUUGGUAGGAGAGACUCAGAGCGCUUUCGUAAAGAACAAGAAAAUACAUGAUGGGGCGCUGAUUGCCUGCGAAACGGUGGACUGGCUGAAAUCACGGAAAAAGAGCUCCGCAAUAAUAAAGCUAGAUUUCCAAAAGGCGUAUGAUAGAGUCAAGUGGGGCUUUCUGGAUAUUGUAUUGCAGAAGAUGGGCUUCGGUCAGAGAUGGCGAGGGAUGAUUGGCGAGGCAGUAAGAAAUGGCCGUAUAUCUCCGCUACUACUUGGUAGGGAUCACAUUGAGUUAUCUCACUUGCAGUUUGCAGAUGAUACAAUUCUUUUCCGCCCUCCUGAGGAGGAGACCAUCAGGAAUUCUCAGCGACUGCUCCGAUGCUUUGAACUGAUGUCUGGGUUGAACAUUAAUUUUGAAAAGUCCCACUUUAUUCCGGUCAAUUGUGAUCGGAUGUGGGUAUGUAGGAUGUGUCUAUUGUUGGGGUGUAAGGAGGCAUCAUUACCAGUCAGAUAUCUGGGCAUUUCACUGGGAGCAAAUUCGAGGCUGGUGAAGACAUGA